AUGGACCCACCUCGCGCCGUCGCCGUUCUUCUCCUCAUACUCCUUCCCGUGCUCGCCCCGGUGGCCUCCGGCGUGCCCUUCGUCGUCCUGCACGGGAUUGGCGACGAGUGCGGGAACGAUGGCCUGGCAUCCUUCACCGAGAUGCUUGGGGAGUGGUCCGGCUCCAAAGGUUACUGCAUUGAAAUUGGAAGAGGAGCAUGGGACUCUUGGUUGAUGCCACUUCAAGGGCAGGCAAAUACGGUUUGCAAGAAGGUCAAGAAAAUGAAAGAGCUCAGUGAAGGUUACAAUAUAGUUGGCCUGUCUCAGGGGAACUUAAUUGGCAGGGCUGUAAUCGAGUACUGUGAUGGUGGACCUCCGGUCAAGAAUUUCAUAUCAAUUGGGGGUCCUCAUGCUGGUACAGCUUCAGUGCCACUUUGUGGUUCUGGGUUUCUUUGUAUUCUGAUUGAUGAUCUGAUUAAAUCAGAGAUAUAUUCAGAUUACGUGCAGUAA